CGCGACCUGGGCGGGCUCAGGAGUGUGACGGGCCUCGGGGCCGCUGUGGAUGGUUUCUAAAAUGAUCAUUGAAAACUUCGAGGCACUGAAGUCCUGGCUGAGCAAGACUCUCGAGCCCAUAUGUGAUGCAGAUCCAUCAGCCCUAGCAAAAUAUGUUUUGGCUUUGGUAAAGAAAGACAAAAGUGAAAAAGAGUUAAAGGCAUUAUGCAUUGAUCAGCUGGAUGUAUUUCUUCAGAAAGAGACACAGAUAUUUGUGGAAAAACUUUUCGAUGCUGUGAAUACUAAGAGUUAUCUACCUCCUCCAGAGCAGCCAUCAUCAGGAAGCCUGAAGGUAGAAUUUUUUCAGCACCAAGAAAAAGAUAUAAAAAAAGAAGAGGUAACAAAGGAGGAAGAGCGAGAGAAGAAGUUUUCUAGAAGGCUAAAUCAUAGUCCUCCCCAGUCAAGCUCUCGAUACAGAGAAAAUAGAAGUCGUGAUGAAAGGAAGAAGGAUGAUCGUUCUCGCAAAAGAGAUUAUGACCGAAACCCUCCUCGAAGAGAUUCAUACAGAGAUCGGUACAAUAGAAGACGAGGGAGGAGUCGCAGUUAUAGCAGGAGUCGAAGUCGAAGUUGGAGUAAAGAGAGGCUUCGUGACAGAGAUAGAGAUAGAAGCAGGACUAGAAGCAGAAGCAGAACACGAAGCAGGGAAAGGGACCUGGUAAAACCCAAAUACGACCUGGAUAGAACAGAUCCAUUAGAAAAUAAUUAUACUCCAGUCUCUUCGGUACCUAAUAUUUCAUCUGGCCACUAUCCUGUACCUACUUUAAGCAGCACUAUUACAGUAAUUGCUCCUACUCAUCAUGGUAAUAACACUACUGAAAGUUGGUCUGAAUUUCAUGAAGACCAGGUGGACCAUAACUCUUAUGUAAGACCGCCAAUGCCAAAGAAACGGUGUAGAGACUAUGAUGAAAAGGGAUUUUGUAUGAGAGGAGACAUGUGCCCUUUUGAUCAUGGAAGUGAUCCAGUAGUUGUAGAAGAUGUAAAUCUUCCUGGGAUGCUGCCUUUUCCAGCACAGCCUCCUGUUGUUGAAGGACCACCUCCUCCUGGACUUCCCCCACCUCCACCAAUUCUUACUCCCCCACCUGUGAAUCUUAGGCCGCCAGUGCCACCUCCUGGUCCAUUACCACCUAGUCUUCCACCUGUAACAGGACCACCUCCACCACUUCCUCCUUUGCAACCAUCUGGCAUGGAUGCACCCCCAAAUUCUGCAACCAGUUCUGUUCCUACUGUAGUAACAACUGGCAUUCAUCACCAGCCGCCUCCUGCUCCACCCUCUCUUUUUACCGCAGAUACAUAUGACACAGAUGGCUACAAUCCUGAAGCUCCAAGCAUAACAAACACUUCCAGACCUAUGUAUAGACACAGAGUGCAUGCACAAAGGCCUAACUUGAUAGGACUAACAUCAGGAGAUAUGGAUUUGCCACCCAGAGAGAAACCUCCUAAUAAAAGCAGUAUGAGGAUAGUAGUAGAUUCAGAAUCAAGGAAAAGAACCAUUGGUUCUGGAGAGCCUGGAAUUGCUACAAAGAAGACAUGGUUCGAUAAGCCGAACUUCAAUAGGACAAAUAGCCCAGGCUUCCAGAAGAAGGUUCAGUUUGGAAAUGAAAAUACCAAACUUGAACUUAGAAAAGUUCCUCCAGAAUUAAAUAAUAUUAGCAAACUUAAUGAACAUUUUAGUCGAUUUGGAACCCUGGUUAAUUUACAGGUUGCCUAUAAUGGUGAUCCUGAAGGUGCCCUUAUUCAAUUUGCAACAUAUGAAGAAGCAAAGAAAGCAAUAUCAAGUACAGAAGCAGUGUUAAAUAAUCGCUUUAUUAAGGUUUAUUGGCACAGAGAAGGAAGCACCCAACAGUUACAAACUGUUUCUCCAAAGGUAAUGCAGCCUUUAGUGCAGCAGCCGAUUUUACCUGUUGUGAAGCAGUCAGUCAAAGAACGUUUGGGUCCAGUACCUUCAAAUACUGUUGAACCUGCAGAAGCGCAGAGUGCUAGUUCAGAUCUUCCUCAGAAUGUAACUAAGUUAUCUGUGAAGGACAGGUUGGGUUUUGUAUCAAAGCCAUCUGUUUCAGCAACUGAAAAGGUAUUGUCUACAUCUACUGGCCUAACAAAAACGGUGUAUAAUCCAGCUGCUUUGAAGGCUGCACAAAAAACCUUACUUGUUUCCACCUCUGCAGUUGAUAAUAAUGAAGCACAGAAAAAAAAACAGGAUGUGAGGAAAAGGAAACAAGAAAUUUUAGAAAAGCACAUUGAAACACAGAAGAUGUUAAUUUCAAAACUGGAAAAAAACAAAGCAAUGAAGUCUGAAGAUAAAGCAGAAAUAAUGAAAACUUUAGAAGUUUUGACAAAAAAUAUUACCAAGUUAAAAGAUGAAGUCAAAGCUGUUUCUCCAGGACGCUGUCUUCCAAAAAGUAUAAAAACCAAGACUCAGAUGCAGAAAGAAUUGCUUGACACAGAGCUGGAUUUGUAUAAGAAGAUGCAGGCUGGAGAAGAAGUCACUGAACUUAGGAGAAAGUAUACAGAAUUACAGCUGGAAGCUGCCAAACGAGGGAUUCUUUCAUCUGGGCGAGGUAGAGGUAUUCAUUCCAGAGGUCGAGGUGCAGCUCAUGGUCGAGGCAGGGGUCGAGGUCGAGGGCGAGGUGUUCCUGGUCAUGCUGUGGUAGAUCAUCGUCCCCGUGCACUGGAGAUUUCUGCAUUUACAGAAAGUGAUAGAGAAGAUCUUCUUCCUCAUUUUGCGCAAUAUGGUGAAAUCGAAGAUUGUCAGAUUGAUGACUCUUCACUUCAUGCGGUAAUUACUUUCAAGACAAGAGCAGAAGCUGAAGCAGCUGCAGUUCAUGGAGCUCGUUUCAAAGGGCAGGAUCUAAAACUGGCAUGGAAUAAACCAAUAACUAGUAUUUCAGCUGUUGAAACAGAAGAAGUUGAACCUGAUGAAGAGGAAUUUCAGGAAGAGUCUUUGGUGGAUGACUCAUUACUUCAAGAUGAUGAUGAAGAAGAAGAGGACAAUGAAUCUCGUUCUUGGAGAAGAUGAUUUGACUGAUCAUUGAUCUGCAUAUGCUAGAACUCUACCUGUGUUUCAUUAGUAUUAUCUAAUGUACUUUUACAUAUUUGUAAAAACAAUUUUUGGUAACAUGUGAUGAAGAUGGAUUUCACAAAUAGAUGAAAAAGAAGAAAACUACCUUCUGAUCCUGUAUUUUGUGAACGAUUGAUGUUUGCGUUUUCUUUCAGUAAACAAUUGCUAAAGACAUCACACUAGAAACAUAUGCAAUGUUUUUAUUACAUACUUCUACUGAACAUUACAGAAUUCUUUGGGUUCUUUGUAUUUAAUGAAUAGGUCUGAAAACUUACGACCAAUACUUGUUAUAACUUAGAGGAUUUUGUUUUACUCCAAAUAAGGAAUGAAUUUGCAUUUAAAAUCUUAAUGAAUGUUUUCAAAAAUGAAUAGAUAACAUAGUACUCUAACUAAACUCUCCAAGUUAUGUAUUCAUAAUAUUACAUAGUAGUAUGCUUAGGCUUUACUAUGUAUUAGCCUUUUGUUGGACUUGUGUAUGUAUUUUACCAUAUGGGUUUUAAUGAUAACGAUGUAUGACUGCUUUACAUAUGAGUCCUUAUGCAUCCGGAUGUUAAAAAAUAAAGUGGAAUGGUCUCUUAAAAGAAAAGGAAAAAAAAAAAGAAAGAAAGAAAAGCAAUGACAAAAAAAAAAAAAAAAAAAAAAAGGCCAAGACAUUGUUCUUUGAUUUAAAAAAAAAAAGAAAAAAAAGAAAAGAAAUUAAAUAGACCAUUCCAGAUGGUGAUCUACCCUUCCCCCCAAUUGUCACAAAAGGAGCUAUAAUCACUAAUUUAUUCUGAAUAAUAAUGAUUACUGGUACCGAUACAAUAAUGUACAACCCAAUGUUUAAAAUUUAUACCACUUCAGUUUGGUUUGAUCCUAUAAAUUUUCAACAGAUGUUUUAAAAUUUAAAAGCAGGCUGAUUAGUUUGGAACCAGACUUCAAGUAGAGCUAACAUUUGGUGAAUAAGAAAACAUCAUAUUACAUUUUGGAUGUAUGAAAGAAAACUUGACCAUUUGAAGAUGUAUGAAUAAAAGAAAUGUACUAUAGAUACUACUUUAGGAAAACACUGUUUGUAGUCGUGAAAGAUGCCAAAUUGGCAGAGGCUCACGUUUCUUCUCUUUACACCAAACAGAGAGAGAUCAUCAUUGCCUGAAUUUAGCUUUGUGACUGCAAGAGCAAGACCUGUUCCUGUCUGGAGACGACUGUUAUAAUAAUACAUGCUAUCAUUUUAUGUUUGCCAUUAUCAAAUUGAAUAGCUGUUUACAUGUACUAUAAUUAGCAUUUUUGUCUCUACAGUUCUCUAAGAGUACAUCUGCAUCCAGAAGUAUAUUUGAAUGUGUGCUGUCUGACGUUUUUCAAAUGUUUUCUCCUCUCACUUUAUAGCAGUUUAUUUUUUAAACACCUUGGGAAGGAACAAGGCUUCUUGGUUUCCUAUUUUGAUAUACGUUCAUUUUCAGCUAAGUUAAUUAAGACUUGUGUCUAGGAUAUCUUUAAAGCCAUGAUACUGUGCUCAUGAACAAUUUAGAAUGAAGAAAAUGAAUUAAACGGUUAACCAUGAGUUUGAUUUUAAUUUUUAAUUUCUGGCAUACAAUAGCCAUUUAAAAUAAUUUUGAACAAGUGAUAAAAAAAGUUUUCUUAAACAUUAUAGUAGCUUGCCUGUUUAUUCUGAAUAUACUCACUGACAUCUUUGCCAAGGCCACUUACCAAAAUUAUUUAUUUUUAAAUUCUUAACUCUUCAAAACCAACAAAGGGAACAAUUUUCUUUCUUUUCAAUUGAUAAAUGAUCUAUGGACUAUAAAUAUGGAGAAAUAAUUAUUAAAUGUCUAAUUUACACAGUUUUUUUAUGUUUUCUUCACUUGCCAUCAAGACAUCAGAGACAAUCUUAAAUGCAAGGGGGAAUUAGUGUUGUAUGUCCAACAUUGUUAAAGGCUAUGUAUGCCUUUUACCUGCUUUUAAAAGUGUUUGUCCAAGUUAUUUAUUUUAAGCAAUAUGGUUUAGAAUUAUUUAUAAAGAAUAUAAUUAAACUUCACCUUUAAGUAUUCACUCACAAUAUGCUUUUUAUAAUAGCCACCAUAAAAAAUAUUUUUACAAUAUGAAUUUCUGCGUGUUCCCUUAUAGAUUCUCAGGUGGAUUUGAGAAGUCAGAAAUACUCUAUAGCAACUCAUAGUAUACAGGUCCAAGUUCCAUCUGGCUGUACUAAUUUUAUCCCUUUUUGUGAAAAGCUGACUAUUCUGAAUGCUUUUCCCUCCUUGAAUAG